AUUAGCUGCUAUAUAAGAGCCUUGCAUCCCUCUCCACCUCCCUCACACACGCACAGUGUGUUUGCUGGGACGGGGACACUCCAGGGGAAACUAGGGAUUACAUUUCCUACCUGACGUUAAAGGAAUAUUUUCCCCUCCGGAGUUUCCGUUAAAGAGACCUGGCAACGGCAACACAGAGGCAUCCAUCUGGUGGAAGCGCCACAGCUCUGCGAUCGCCCCCCAUCACUCGCAGCGUGUUUUCCUGCUGUCAGCGUCGCCGGCAUCGAGGAGCAGCAGCAUGAGCAGCCAGUACAGCGUGACCCUGGUAGGCCCCGCCCCCUGGGGCUUCAGGCUGCAGGGGGGGAAGGACUUCAACAUGCCCCUCACCAUCUCCAGGCUGACCGAAGCGGGGAAGGCGGUUAAAGGCGGCAUUGCAGUUGGAGACCUGGUCCUGUCCAUCGACGGCAUUGCCACUGACGGCAUGAACCACCUGGAGGCGCAGAAUAAGAUCAAGAACUGCACUGGCAACCUGAGCCUGAGCCUGCAGAAGGCAUCCAGUCUCCCCAAACCACCUCCUGUGGCACCAAAGGACGACCGGUCAGAUAUCUUAAAGCCGGUGGCUCUCGCUCAUCCUCCUCCUCCUCCUCCUCCCCGCCCCAGCUCCUCCACCCCCCCCUACUGUGGAGCCCCUAGAGCCAAUGGGGGCAGCGGGUUCAGCGAUGCCCCUUCACACUCAGCGCCUGCUGCCUUCAUCCCAUCCCCAUCCUCCGCCUUCACCCCAGCCUCCCUCUACGCCACUCCUCCCCCUCCUCCCCCUCCUCCUCCCCCUGUCUCCUACCCCUCCUCCUCCUCCUCCUCCUCCUCCUCGCCCCCGGUCCUCAUUCCGCCUCAGCCUUCAGUGUAUAACACGCCCAUCAACCUGUACUCCGCUGAGAACGCUUGUGAGGUGGCCAUGGGGCAGCGGCGGGGCCUGCUGGAGAGUCAGGGCGGAGCCUGGCCGCCGCAGUCCAACGGAUCCCCACGGAAACACGUAGUGGACACAGACAUCCAUUUUUACCACGUGCCCACUCACGCUGAUGCCAGCAGGAAGCGCAUCAUGGAGGACACGGAGGACUGGCGCCCACGCACGGGCACCACCCAGUCCAGGUCCUUCAAGAUCCUGGCUCAGAUCACGGGAACUGAACAUGCUCCUGAGGAGGAAGCCGACAAAGCCAAGAAAACAAACGAGGAGAGCGAGGAGGCCGAGCUCAACAGCCACGAGUCUGCAGUCAUCAAGACCAUGAUCAAAGGCCCCGCGGCGGCUCCAGGUCAUCGGCCACCGACCGGAUUGAUCACCCCGUCCUUCGGCAUGAAGGGCAACGGCACCGCCCCGAGGGACCCUGUCCCCACCCGACCUGCGCCUCAGCCCCACCCUAAGGAUCAGGACACCCUGGUCCAGAUGGCAGAGCACAUCCCUGCUGGGACCCGCACGCCCAUGUGUGCACACUGCACCAAGGUCAUCAGAGGGCCUUUUCUGGUUGCAAUGGGAAAAUCGUGGCACAAGGAGGAGUUCAACUGCGCCCACUGCCGCACGUCUCUCGCAGACAUAGGCUUCGUGGAGGAGCAGGGCUUCGUUUACUGCGAGCACUGUUACGAGGAGUUCUUCGCUCCGACAUGCAGCCGCUGCCGGGCUAAGAUUCUGGGGGAGGUGAUAAACGCCCUCAAACAGACGUGGCACGUCUACUGCUUCCUGUGCGCCUACUGUCAGCAGCCCAUAAGGAACAACACAUUCCACCUGGAAGACGGAGAACCGUACUGUGAACGAGACUUCUACACUUUGUUCGGGACCGGUUGCCACGGCUGCGAGUUCCCCAUCGAGGCCGGAGACAAGUUCCUGGAGGCCAUCGGUCACACGUGGCACGACACAUGCUUCGUUUGUGCUGUCUGCUGUACCAGUCUGGAAGGCCAGACCUUCUUCUCCAAGAAAGACAAACCUCUGUGCAAGAAGCACGCUCACGCAGUGAAGAUAUGAGGCCACGUGUGCUGGUGGUUAGUGGGAGGAAAUGCACCAAUACAAGAAAAAGAGAUGCUAAUAGUAGACGUGUGAUGACCAUAAAUAAGUGUCAGACUUUAAACAUUUUACUGAUCUUUGCCCAUUUUAAUAAAACAUAUUUUAAAAUACGUACUAAAUGCACAAAAAGCGUGAGGAUAGAAAGUGUUGACUUUCCUUAAUUUAAACUUUUUUUCUCUAUGCUCUUAACAUGAAUCAUAUUAUAUUUUAUUGCUUCUUAUUUGUGUGAAACAGGUAACAUUAACGAAAUGUUUCCAUUUUAAAAACUAAAAAUUAAGUUAAAUUUGAGGAUCACUUGUGAUUUUAAGGAGGCCAGAAUUGGUCAUAAUUUAAAAUACAUGGAAAAUGGGGAAAAUGUCUAACAAAAAUUAAAAGUCAUAAUUAACAACUAGAAGACACUGGUUUUCUAUGCUGAGUUAGUUGUGUUGGUAUUUUUAUUUAUGACUUCAUUUUGCGUUUGCCUUAAUCUCUGUUUUUUUUACAUUCCAUCAGUUAGAGGCUAGUUUUGGUUCUCAAACAAAAAAAGUGUCAAACCUCAAUAACAGAAUAUCAGCGCAUUAAAGAGCCUGUGUUGUUGUGUUUAUAGAAGAGAAGGACUGUUUUCUCUGGAAUUGUUUAGCUCACUGGGGUUGAUUUCUGAAUGAGCCAUAGAUAGACUGUACUUUUGUCUGUGUUUCAAACAUUUCACUUGACUUUUGAUAAACAAUGCAUCAUGUUCAGUUUAGUGAUUGAUUCUGUUUAUUGUCUGAUAAGCGCAUUAUCUGUCUGACUUAGAUUUCUUACAUCACAAAUAAUGACAUUAAGGCACAAGAUACAUAUUUAUCUUGAAAUGUUGGUUUGUACUGAGACAAAAAACAUGAGUACAAAAAGUACAAUAUACAGUAGGUCAGAACAUGGUUUAUAAGUUACUUCCCACUCACAAAAGUAUAGAAGGAAAUGUUGCUCAAUAAAUGAUGUGCAAGGA